CCUCCCUCCAGCACCAGUCCACCCUGCUCCACUGCUCAGUUUAUUUGCACAUGGGGAAGUUGGUGGAUGUCAGGGAGAUGGUGCUGCUGAUGUGUGCUAUGCUGCUGGGUUUCAUGCUGACAGGAAACGAUGCACAGUCAGACGUCUGUGGUCAAGCUCCACUCAACACAAAGAUCGUGGGCGGGGAGAGUGCGUCUGCAGGGGCGUGGCCGUGGCAGGUGAGUCUGCACCGCUUUGGCAGUCACUUCUGUGGAGGUUCACUCAUCAACAGCCAGUGGAUCCUGACGGCUGCUCACUGUUUCUCCAGCACCAGCACCUUUGGUUUGCUCGUUUAUCUCGGACGUGAAUCCCAACAGGGUGUGAACUCUAACGAACAGUCUCGAUCAGUGUCAGAGGUCAUCAAUCAUCCAGACUACGAUACAAACACAAACGACAAUGACAUCUGUUUACUGAAACUGUCCUCCACUGUGGACUUCACUGACUACAUCAGACCCGUGUGCCUGGCGGGGUCUGGUGCCGUUUUUCCUGCUGGUACCAGCUGCUGGGUCACCGGCUGGGGAACUAUCGGGAGUAGCGUUCCCCUUCCUUUCCCUGAGGAGCUGCAGGAGGUGCAAGUCCCCAUCGUGUCCAACACUCAGUGCAGAGAUACCUACUCUACUCUCACCAGCAACAUGAUCUGUGCUGGACUGAGUGAAGGAGGAAAGGACUCCUGCCAGGGUGACUCUGGCGGCCCCCUGGUCAGUCAAAGUGGCUCCCAGUGGGUUCAGUCUGGAGUGGUGAGUUUCGGGUUCGGCUGUGCUCUGCCAAACAUCCCCGGCGUCUACGCCCGCGUGUCCGAGUACCAGACCUGGAUCAACAGCCAGAUCAACAUGGACCAGCCGGGCUUUGUGGGCGGGACGAGUGGAAGUGCACACCACACCUCCCCGUCCCUGCUGCUGCUGCUGCUGUCCUUCCCUCCUGUCCUCUUCACCACCUUUGUCCUCACCUAGAAGGACACACACCGACGUCAGAACAACAGCACAUGUUAAUCAACGGGGAAAAUUAAAUGGUGGUGAUUUUGUGGAUUUCUUUAUUCCAAACUCUUUAAUUAUUAUUAAACUCACAUUUGAUUUAAAGCCUUUAAAGAUCAAACCUCUCAGAAUAAAACAAAUGAUAAUAAUAAUAAAAAAGGAUGGUAAAAUAUGAUUCAAAUUCACUAAAAUCAUCUUAUAUUAAAAAUCUGAAAAUAUGUUUUAAUUCUUAAUAUUAACCCAAUCAAAUAUAUUUAGUUGACCAUUAAUUCAUUAAUUCUACUUUUCAAGAAUCAAAUGUGAACGAAUGAGGUUUUCUAUGGACGAGUUUUAGACACACACUCACAUACACACGUACACGUUUUUUCACUGUAUAUGUAUAUAUAUAUAUAUAUAUAUAUAUAUAUAUAUAUAUAUAUAUAUAUAUAUAUACAUAUGUGUGUGUAUAUGUAUGCAGUGUAUAUAUAUAAAAUGUGUAAAUUUAUGAUAAGAGGAGCAUCCAUGUGUUGGUGCUGUUGAACUGCACUGAUCAGCUGCUGCUGUCAUUUACUGUAAUUAUUAUUAUUAUGUGAAAUAAAUGCUCUUUUUUUUUUAAAUAAAUAAAUGUAUAGUAGUGUAUAGUAA